UUCCGCCGCAGCUCUCCUUUUAAGUUCCGGGGCGCUCCAGAGAUCCGGGGAGGAAGGGAGGGGGCGGGGCCCGCCGGUGGUCACGCGCGGCGCGGCGCGGCGCGGCCUGGCCUGGCCUGGCCUGGCCUCCAGGAUGGAGGAGGCCGGAGCGGCGGUGGCCGCGACCGGAGAGGCCGAACUGAACUGGUCCCGCCUCAGCGUGUCCACCGAGACGCUGGAGUCUGAGCUGGAGGCGCGCGGCGAGGAUCGGCGCGGCUCCCGGGAGGCGCUGUUGCGGCUGCUGCUGCCCCACAACCGUCUGGCGUCGCUGCCGCGGGCCCUGGGCAACGGCUUCCCGUACCUGCAGCUGCUGGACGUGAGCGGCAACGCGCUGACAGCGCUUGGGCCCGAGCUGUUGGCGCUGAGCGGCCUGCGCACACUGCUGGCCCGCAACAACCGGCUCGGCGGGCCUGGCGCGCUGCCCAAGGGCCUGGCGCGCUCUCCGCUAUGCCGCAGCCUCCAGGUGCUCAACCUCAGCGGCAACUGCUUCCAGGAGCUGCCGCCCGAGCUGCUGGGGCUGCGCGCGCUGCACACCCUCAGCCUGGGCGGCAACCAGCUGCAGAGCAUCCCGGCCGAGAUCGAAAACUUGCAGAGUUUAGAGUGUUUAUAUCUUGGAGGAAACUUCAUCAAAGAAAUCCCACCAGAAUUAGCAAAUCUGCCAUCUCUGAACUACUUGGUAUUGUGUGACAACAAAAUCCAAAGUGUGCCUCCUCAGCUUUCACAGUUGCAUUCCCUUCGUUCCCUCAGUCUUCACAAUAACUUGCUGACCUACCUGCCACGGGAGAUCCUCAACCUUAUUCAUUUGGAAGAGCUGAGUUUACGAGGAAAUCCAUUGGUUGUUCGUUUUGUAAGGGACUUAACCUAUGACCCUCCCACUCUCCUGGAAUUGGCUGCACGGACCAUUAAGAUCCGCAAUAUUUCUUAUGCUCCCUGUGAUCUUCCUGAGAAUCUUCUUAGAUACUUGAGUUCAGCUAGCAAUUGCCCAAACCCAAAAUGUGGAGGAGUCUACUUUGACUGCUGUGUCAGGCAGAUUAAGUUCGUGGACUUCUGUGGGAAAUACCGCCUCCCGCUCAUGCACUACUUGUGCUCUCCUGAGUGCUCCUCCCCCUGCAGCUCUGCCUCGCACAGCUCAACAUCCCAGAGUGAGUCCGACUCCGAGGAUGAAGCCAGCGUAGCUGCACACAGAAUGCAGAAAGUUCUCCUUGGUUGAGCACAAUUGAGGGGCUUGUGAGAGACAGCUUGAAAUUGUCUAGAAACCUUGUUGCCCUCCUCAAGAAGAGUACAUGAUAGAAGAGUUUAUAUUCCAUCUGCCUGUCCAACAAGAAUGAAUCCAGUUCCAUGCUUAGCUAGACUUCACUCCGAAUGGCAGUUUGCAGUGUUCACAGCAGGGUGGUACAUUCUCAGCAGCCUUGGACCAGCUGCUGCUGCUGAGAUGAGAAGUGAGGAGUCAUCAAGGGUGUGAUUAUUACAGAGCCGCCUUUGGCAGUGAAUACAACAGAAGAAGCCUUCUCCUUAUAUUAGCCCUGUUUUUAUAUGACAGACCUAUUCGUAUGAGCCCACAGGUAGUUGCAUAGGACUUAAUUAAGCCUUUCUGACCAAAUAACCGCUUAAGUAAAGAAUAUAACUUUUAAGUGGGAUAUUGAAACUUUUUGUUUUGUUCUAUAUGAUUAUUAAUCUGUAUAGCCUAGGAAUGAUUGUUAAAGUGCCUUCAUCAUGCCAGUAACAUGGAAUUUUAUGCAAGAAAUAAUGCCAGAGCAACUUAGAACCUGAUAUUAUGCAGAACCCUUUAAAAUGUGCUUUAAUAACUCAGUGAAUAACACCAAGCCCAUGCCAUCUUAACUCCUGUUUUGGUUUCAACAGUGAUCCCUCUUUAAAAAAAUUUUUUUUCUUAAACUGUCUUUAAGUAGUUGUUUAAAGAGGUUUCAGUCUAUGUGUCAGUUUACAAGUACAUUGCAACAGUGAUCCUGCUUUAACCAGUCACUUUAUACUUAAUGGGAGACCACAAUCUUGGUCAGUCUGUUUAUCAUAAGAUGGAAUAGUAUAUCUUGACAGAAAAUUGUAGAGGACACACUAAUUUGUGAGUGAGAAAGGUUAGAAUUUCUAACAGUCAAAUAUGACCCUUUGCCUGUGUUAUACACUAAACUGUAACUUUGGAGCAUUUCCAAGAAAAACUAAUAUGGUUAGAUAAACAAGACAAGAAGGCCAAAAUUGAAAGCCAAGAAAUUACAUUCAUACAGUGUCUAAAAUUAGUUUAACAUUGGAACAUUUUGAAACUAAAGCAUUGAUAAGUAGCAAAAAUACUAAGCUUAUUCUGUCUUUAAAGUGUAGAAUAAUAGUUUUUGAAUUUUUACUAGCUAGUUUAAUGUGCAGUAGAAUUGAACAGUAGUACACUGUAAGUUCAUGUAAAGUAUAACAACACACUUAUAAUCAUUAGAUUAGAAGCUAUAAUGACACAAUAAAUGCUAAAUGUACAGGUCAGAUUGCAUUAGAAUGCCAGGUAACCUCUUGUGGCACACCGUUUUGUAUUAUAAUAUUUAUGUGUGUUAGGUUUCUGUAUAUAUUAUUUUUAUUUUAGAGUAUCAUAGAGGUAAUUCAGGGUUUGUGUGUGUGUUUGUAUGUUCAUUCAUGAAACAUGAGAGUUUCAUGACUGCAGUUGUGAGACGCUGCUAUAGUGAGUCCCCUUACCUUCUCCUUGUUAAAGUGUAGUAAGAUUUUUUUUAUUAUUUAGAAAUGUUCUGCCUGUAUCUAUACAAGUAAUGAUUAUAUUGUAUAUUGUAAAAUACAAGUAACAGAGUCUUUGCUUACAUCUUCCACUGAGCCACAGCAAGCUGCAGACUGAAAUCAUGAAAGGUAAUGGUCAGGUAGGCAGUGCCUGCGCCAAACCUAAAAUGCUAAUGUAAAACAUACAAACUGAUAGCAUCAAGUUUUUCUGGCAUAAAUGCUUCUAAAUAGAAUUAUUUCUGUGAUACUGAGGUUGGACUGAGGACCUCAUGCUUACCUGUUUGUUGCUUAGCUGGUUAAGCAAGACUGCAGUCUGACUUUUUGGUGAUUAAUUGGAGGUAGAGUCUUUUUUAAAAUUUUUCUUUAUUAAAGUGAUGUACAGAGGGGUUACAGUUUCUGAGGUGGAGUCUUGUGGACCUUUUUCCACCUAUUCUGGCUUCACACUGUGUUCCUCUGGAUAUCAGCCUCUUGAGUGGCUAGGAUUGCAGCGUGACACAAGAGGACCCAGCUUCUCCUUCUUUAUGGACUGUCAGCUUAACCUAAGUAACAGCUUGAAUAAUCAUAUAAGAAUUCGUUUUUGUAAAAUAAAUAGGUAGGUAAAUAUAGCACUUAGCCCUACAUCGCUCUUUCCAGCUUCCCAUGAAGGAAGUAUACUGCUUGAUCUUUAAUAGAAAUACAUGUAAGCAGACAUGGUUUCUAGCCUUUGCCAUAUAAUGUAGCUGUAUACUAAUAGUGAGUGUUCUGUCAACAAAACGUUUAUAAUAGUUCCUUGCCUAUUUUCGAAGCGUAGGAUUGGUGUGCAUCUGUUCUUACUGUUUGGAAGGGGUGCGAGAGAUUAAACCCAGCCUCUGCACAUGCAGGGCAAAUCCUCUUCCAUGGAGAUGCCGCCCCAGCCUAACUUUGUUCUGAUUUGUGUGUUUUUGAGACAGGGUCUUGCUACAUAGGCUGGCCUAGAAUUCUUUAUGUAGCUCAGACUGUCCUUCACUGGUAAUCUUCCUGUCUCUGCCUCCCAAGUAUUGGGAUUACAGGCAUAUACCACCACGCCUGGCCUAUCUUUGGUAAACUUGUGGUGAAAUCUUUAGUUGUUAGUUUUCUCUCUUUUUUUAUUCUUAUUUUUGAUCUUCUACAUGGAUGCUAAUGAUGUCUAGGAUUUUCCUUGUUAUAGAAAUAUAGAAGAUGAGGUAGAAGGGAUUUGAUCAUCUAGAAACAAGAUGAUCCUGAGUCAGACAGAAGACAUAUAUUGAAAUAGAAGGACGAAUAUUUGAAAUAGAAAUGGGUACAGUGUACAGUCUUAGUCAUCUUUACCCAUAGAAUGCAAACUGAGUUAGAGACAUAGUCCUAUCCAUUGAGGAAAUAGGAAGGUUAGCUAAUAUAUUUGGUGCCAGGGACUGAUUGACACAGGGACCAGCUGUGCUCAGUGUUCCCUGUAUUUGAGUAAUGACAAAGGUAGAUCCUUUUGUUAUGUUAUCAAGAGUCUCAUUAUGGAGUUCAGUCUGGCCUCAAACUUGCAGUCUUCUUGUCUCUGCCUCCCAAUUGCUGGUAUUAUAGGUGUGGGCCACCUUACCCAGCUUUGUAUUUUACUUCCAAAUGUGUGCUGGAGGUGUCUUCUAAACAUCUUGGUAAACAUCUUGGUAUUAAAAAUUUUAAGUUGCCAACUUAAAAAUACAUUUUAGACUGUACAACAAACAUAGAAAUUUUUUGUUGGUACAAAUAAAAAUAAAAAGUUGUCCACAAUCAGUAACUGGUGGCUCA